UAUAUAGACACACACACCUGAAUUUACUACUAUAGAAAUAUAGAAUGUCAAAACAAGGAUCACUGAGGGACAAUAAAAAAGUUAGUGGCGAACUCUUCACUUUAACUUAUGGUGCGCUGGUUGCUCAGUUAUUAAAGGACUUUGAAAAUGAUGAGGAUGUCAACAAACAACUGGAAAUGAUGGGAUACAAUAUUGGUGUGCGAUUAAUCGAAGAUUUUCUGGCAAGAUCAAGCACGGGAAGAUGUCAUGAUUUCAGAGAAACAGCUGAUGUUAUUGCAAAGGUUGGUUUUAAAACUUUUCUUGGCAUCACACCACAAGUGACUAACUGGAGUUCUGCCGGUGAUGAAUUCUCGUUAUUAUUUGACAGUAAUCCCCUGGCAGAGUUCGUUGAACUGCCAGAAGGACAUAAUAACUUAUGGUAUUCUAGUAUAUUAGCUGGUGUUAUCAAAGGUGCCUUAGAAAUGGUCCAAAUGGAAGUCGAUGCAGGAUUUGUACAAGACGUUCUACGUGGAGAUAGUAUUACCGAAAUGAGAGUUCGAUUUGUUAAAAGGUUAGAAGAUGCUGUGCCUGUUGGAGAAGAAUAAACAUGCGAUCGUCUAAAAAUAUUAUACGAAAUUGCUUUUGUUUUGCUAUCUCAACGUGUAUGGUGUAACAGUUGGUAAAUUUAUGAUAUCAUUUUUCAUCGAGCAUAAAGAGAUAACAAACGUGUAAAAGUAAUGGAAUUUCAAUGGCACAAAGAAGAGUAAAAUAUUUUUUAUUUUGUGUUUGAUGUAAACCGUGACAUCUUUUCAAAUACUCUAAUUUUUCUCACAAACAAAGUUUUCUUUAUUUGGUAUGUGGCUAAAGAUGUGUAAGAAUUUGUGUUUGUAGAAUUCUUAUUUUUUGGGGAAAACUACAAAGGCACUGCUAAUUUGAAUGAUAGUAUUAAGCAGUUAAAAAUUGAAAUCGUUUGUAACAAAACAGGUUACAAUGCUUAAUGUUAAAUUUUAUUAUUUUUUGUGAGAAGUAUAUAAUUUCAAUAAUAAACACAACUGCUGUAAGAA